AUGGAAUGUAAAGAAGACCUAACAAUAGUUAUUGAUAAUGGUUCUGGUAUGUGUAAAGCUGGUUUUGCUGGUUAUGAUGCUCCACAUGCAGUUUUUCCAUCAAUUGUUGGUCGUCCUAGACAUACUGGUGUUAUGGUUGGUAUGGGUCAAAAGGAUUCAUAUAUUGGUGAUGAAGCUCAAUCAAAAAGGGAUAUUCUAAAUCUUAAAUUUCCAGUUGAGCGUGGUAUUAUUACCAAUUGGAAUGAUAUGGAAGAAAUCUGGCAUCAUACUUUUUAUAAUGAACUUCGUGUUGCUCCAGAGGAACAUCCAGUUCUCUUAACUGAACCGCCAUUAAAUUCAAAAGCAAAUAGAGAGAAAAUGCCUCAAAUCAUGUUUGAAACUUUCAAUACUCCUGCAAUGUAUGUUGCAAUUCAAGCUGUAUUAUCAUUAUAUGCAUCUGGUCGUGCAACUGGUGUCAUUCUGGAUUCAGGUGAUGGUGUUUCUUAUACUGUACCAGUUUAUGAAGGUAAUACAUUUCCACUUUCAAUUACACGUUUACAUUUAGCUGGUGGUGAUCUUACUGAUUACAUGAGUAGAUUAUUAUACACUGAUUGUGGUUACUACUUUUCAACAAAAGCUGAAAAAGAAAUAGUUAAAGAUAUUAAAGAGAAAUUAGCAUAUGUUGCAUUGGAUUUUGAAGCUGAAAUGCAAACUGCAGCCUCAUCGCCUUCAUUAGAGAAAUCAUAUAAAUUACCAGAUGGUCGAAUGAUCACAAUUGGUAAUGAACGUUUCCGUUGUCCAGAAGCACUUUUCCAACCAUCAUUAUUGGCUAUGGACUAUGAUGGUAUUCAUGAAACAACCUAUAAUUCAAUCAUGAAAUGUGAUGUUGAUUUUCAUAAAGAUUUAUAUGGUAAUGUUUUAUUAUCAGGUGGUUCAACUAUGUUCCCAGGUAUUGCAGAUCGUAUGAAUAAAGAAUUAACUGCACUUGCACCAUCAACAAUGAAAAUUAAAAUUAUUGCACCACCAGAACGUAAAUACUCUGCAUGGAUUGGUGGUUCAAUUUUAGCCUCACUUUCAAGUUUCCAACCAAGGUGGAUUUCAAAAGAAGAAUAUGACGAAUCUGGUCCAUCAAUUGUUCACAGAAAAUGUUGGUAA